CAAAGAUGUUGGAUAAGGAAACGCGGUCUUUUUGAGUUAUAAUGUGUAACGGAUUCGAGAUCUCAUGUUGGGUUUUGUCAUUGCGGAUAUGCAGUUCUCUUAGUUGGUAAACUAACGUGCAUGUAUACAAUACACUAUACAUGAAAAAAAAAAGACAGUUAAAAGUCAGUGGAAUUAUAAGCGAUUCAAAGCUUUUUUCUUGUUCGACAUUUCAAUGAAUUAACCAAUGUUUUGAAUGUGUUGUAGUUGAGCUCAGAGUUUUCAGCAUUAAAAACAAUUCUGUAAUCAAUUAUUAAAUAUUAUACGGAUCUGUGUAGAUUUGGUUCAUGUAACUUGAAGUGUAUAUUCAUUACUACAGCAGUAAGUUUCACAUAUUAAAUCUCAUGUUCUUUAUAACAUAAUGACUUGUCUGAAAUUUUUAUUCUCUGAAUUUCCAGACUUCUAAAACUGUUAAUUUGGUUAAUCUAUUUUGAAUAUUCCAAAGCUUACAUGGCUUCAGCACAGGUUUAUCGUUUCCAACAACGUAUAUCAAAUCUUCAAUCUCACCAUAAACUUGCAUCGAUUCGACAUUGUGAGGCUGUUAGUAACUAUAUCAGUCAAAACAAUGAAUUGAUGAAAUCUUUGAUGGCUCAUUUAAAGGGUCCAGAUAAAAGUGUGAAAAGAACUAAAAGGAUUACAAAACCUCGGACAACACAUCCACAGUUAGCGAAAUCUGCACGUUUUUCUGCCAAGUCAUAUGCUAUGCAGUCAACUGUCGAGCAAUUAAACGCCAUACAUCACCAUUCAUUAUACAGGCAAAAAAACUUUGUGAACCAAUGUUUGCCUGAAGAAACAUGGAAUAAUUUCGGUACACCGGCGACUAAUGAUGAUCCUUCUGUGUGUAAUUCCAAAGAACCGAUAUUUCCACCACCGACAUAUACAGAACCAAGUUUAAAUUGUGAACCACGCAUACUUGAUGAUUGCUUGUGGGAAAUAUGGAAUGGAGAUAAUAAUGUUCUUCAAAGCAAGCACCAAAUGAGAACACAAACAAGUUAUACCUCGUGUGAUAAAAUAUAUUCAGGUGAUACCCCAUCUUCUAUCUAUAACGGUGCUCAAGAGAAACAAUAUUGGAGUCGUGAUGACGUGUCACUCGAUAUUAAGCAGCAGACAUUAAGUCGCAUUCCUGGUUAUAACAUACCAGCUGCACAACCAAGAGAUUCUUACUGGUUGAAACAAUCCACUUCCUAUGGCGAACCCAAGCACUUACUUCUUGUCAAUAAGCAUGAUAAUUUGUAUCGUAAUGAGCCGUUGAGUACUGCACAAAAUCCAUUCUCUCAUAAUCUGAACGUCAGUUGUAGGAAUAGUAAUUCUUUACUGACUAAUCAAAUGACCAAUUAUUCAGCUGAGUUUUGUACAUCGAAUUCUAGUUACGAGCUAACCGGGUCGUCAAAAAACCAUAUUAAUCCUAUUCUAGUAUCUACUUAUCCGUCGGUAGGAUCUGACAUAAACUCUUGUCGAUCAGCAAUUUUUGAUCCUGAUGAAUGUUUUAGGCCGUAUUAUGAUUGUACCUCUUAUCAUCCAUCCGGAAGCAACAAUAAUGGUAGUAGCAGUGGUGGUGAUAAUAGCAGCACCAGUAAUUAUCAUUUUUAUCGAGCAGAUCUGAGCGCCCUACAGUCAUAAACAUCAAAACAAUCAAUGAUAUGAAAAUCUACUGUAGUUCCUUUACUCAACUUUAAUUUAUGUGCACUUGUGUUAUAUUCUUCUGUUUUCCAUUUGAUUUCUAAUUGAGAUAAAAUCAUCAAGAAUGAGUUUUGUGAUACACAUUAAGAAAAAGAAUUGGACAAUUCGUUUUGUCAAACUAAUAUCUUUGUUUUUCGCUAACCUGAUUUCUAUUUGUUCAUAUGAUUAUACAUGUAUGUACACCAUAACUGAAAUGUACAGUUUCAUUCAAACUGGAAUAUAUAAAUAAUUGAUAAGAGAAUAUG